ACUUAUCAUUCCACUCAACCAUCGCUGCAGUCUUGACGAUAAAGAUGUCUUUGAACUUCGACGCCCUCGAGCAACACCUAAGUACCAGGUCCUACAUUGAAGGGUACACGCCCUCUCAGGCAGACGUUCACGUUUACACCUUGCUUACGGCACCAGAGCCAUCCAAGUACCCGCAUUCUGCCAGAUGGUACUCUCACAUCAAAUCUUACGCUGCGGAGCAUGCGACUUUACCUGGCACAAGCACCGCUGGGCAGGCUUUCCUUCAAUCGGCAUCGACUGCGGCUCCAGCUGCUGCUGCUGCUGAUGAUGAAGAAGACGAGGUUGAUCUUUUCGCUGAUGACGAUGAAGAAGACGCAGAGGCAGAGAGGCUCAAAGCAGAGCGUGUUGCCGCUUACAAUGCAAAGAAAGCCAAUAAACCCAAAGCAGCUGCGAAGUCUGUUGUAACCUUGGAGGUUAAACCUUGGGAUGAUGAAACCGACAUGCAAGCACUCGAGGACUCUGUACGUUCCAUUGAACAGGAAGGUCUUGUUUGGGGUGCCAGUACACUAGUCGCUGUCGGCUAUGGCAUCAAAAAGCUCCAAAUCACUGUGGUUGUUGAGGACGAACUCGUUUCCUUGGAUGAUCUACAGGAGAAGGUUGCUGAAUUCGAUGACUACGUCCAGAGUUCCGAUAUCGCCGCCAUGCAGAAACUGUAAUUAAACUGGGUGUGGAUGAGCGAGGUUCUGUAAGAUGUGACAAGACAAGUUAAGAAGAAGAAGCAUCAUUCUAGGAAAUGUGAAGUUUUGUGCGAUACGAUCAUUGUUAAUGUGCGUGAUGAAUGUACUAGUGCCAAUUAAACGGACCCACACAUCAGACACUCCCUGCAAGGCAA